UAACUCUGUAAACAUUCACGUACCGGCAAUCCGGUUUUAAUGAGAUUUUAAGGAUUUUAAGGAAAUUCUGAGCGGGAUGGAUCAUGCCAGGAAAGUUAAAGUAUUAUACAAAACGAUUUUACGAUUGCACCGAGGACUCCCAGCAGCUUUGCAGGAGAUGGGAAAUAAUUAUGUCAAGGACGAGUUUAAAAGACACAAAAAUUGUUCUCCUGUCGAAAGCCAAAACUUCACCAGAGAAUGGGCGGAACGUCCGAAUCAUUAGCUACAAGCGCAAAGGAUGCAGGAAUUGGUGGGAAAAAAGCGUCACAUUCGAAAUGCUUCUUGAUUUCUGUAAGAUAAACACGGUGGCAACGGGCGGAUUCCAUCGCUUCCUUGUAAACACUAUUCCCGCCAACGAUCCAUACAUUUUCUAUGUUUUCUCCGUGCUGAGUGGUAUCUAAUUUGUGCAAGGCUUCUUCAAGGCUGCCGCAGACGAGCACCUCCGGUGGGAAAGAAUGUUCCGCUGCAUUACGCGUAAGGACGAUGUUCAAUCGUUCGGGCAGCGGUCGUUUGCUUUCUGGAACUCCAAAGUACGUUUUGCGACCCAUGAUUACGGCAUUUCGUUUGCCAUUAUCUCGCACUUUCUUAGUUGUGGAGGAAAAAUACUUAAGCUCGUUUCUGAAAUUGGAACAAGCUUACAUUAAGAAUAAACCAAUAAACCAUAUUCAGAAAAACCCA